GCGGAGGGGACAUCAGAGGUGGUAGUAGAGGGGGAUGAUCAGGUUGCGGAGAAGGAAAGGACGCCAGAGAUGACGGAUGACGAGGUAGUAUUCGUGUCGAAGGGGGCGACGGAGGUCCCAAAGGGUAAGAAGCGUGCUAUUGACGCGCCAGAGCUGAUGGUCGGUAAGAGAUCAAGAUUGCCGUCACAGUACAUCGUUUCUCCAUACACGGCCGAGGCGAAGAGAAGGGGGUUUGUGGAUGGGGCGUUCUCCAAUCUUUUUCGCGACGUCGACCCAGUCAGACAGAAGGCGUUCGAUGAUUGGUUCAAAUCCCUUAAGUCCAAAUAAGUAUUUUAUGAUUUUGCUACUAUUUUUUUGUAUUUUUCGUAACUGUUUUUUCAUUUUUCAGAGAUAGUUAUACCAUCGGCUGUAUGACCGUGCCCAAUGCUAAAAAGUGGUUUGAAGACGUACUGACGACCUCAGCUUGGUUCGCUGAUGAUCAUAUCGACUUGGCUAUGGAAUUGUUACGCGAUCGGGCGCGAAGAUACCCGAGAUCUUAUGACAGUCCUAGUCGAGUUAUCCUUAGCUCUGAGUUCGCUCGUGUCAUAGAUAUUGAGCAUCACGAGCUCCUAAGCAAAGGGAAUGAUUAUGUUCUGUGUGAGUACAUGCUGGAGUGGGUGAUUGGACUACAAUUGAGGUGCGAAAAGUCGUGGACGGAUUGUACACAUAUGUACAUUCCAGUGAUCGCGAACUCACAUUGUUUUUCGGUGGAGAUCGUAUUUGCUGAUUCCACCAUAUAUGUGUACGACUCUGAUCAUAGCUGUUUGACACAAAGUCAACUAGAGCAAAUACUGGAGCCAUUGGCUGCAAUCGUGCCCAUGAUGGCUAGUCAUGCGAUGAUUCGAGUAAAUGAUAGAUUAGCCAUUGUGCGGAAUAUGACGACGGCGAGACAAGAAAGAUCGGGUGACUGUGGCUUAUUUGCAAUCAAGUACAUAGAGUUCUUGAGCAUUGGUCGCAAUGUUGAUACAAUAAAUCAGUCUUGGAUUGAUAUGUAGAGGCAUAAAUUA